UUUUUUAGUCCAAGGGAGGAACACGCCUACAUGACAGCGUCCUCAGAGAUCCUAGCGUCAGUGUGACUUACCUUGAGAACCUGUGCCAACCAUCAAAAGCAAGGAUUUCACGAGCUGAGACGGGAAGACUAAAGAUUACAAAUGAUGGCUGAUCAUGGAGAACUCUGUGAUGAGAAGGAAGCUGCCUACUGCAUGAAUGGAGGGAUAUGCUAUAAAAUAUCUUCCAUGGAUUCACUUUCCUGUGUGUGCAGUGAGAGCUACAGAGGCAGCAGAUGUGAGCACUUCCAGCUCUUUAGCUCUUCCCCGAAUGCAAAGGAGGCAGGGUUAAUUGCAGCCGUGGUCAUUGUUGCCCUCCUCAUCUUGGCGAUGCUGGCUGUUGUUAUCUACUACGUACGCAAAAUGCUGAAAGCCAGGAAACAGAGCCAACAGAACAACCACCAAGAGUACUGGAGAGUAAAAUCAAGAGUAUGAACUUUCCUUUUCUUUUUAAUGUACAUUUGUUUACUCUUUUGUUUUUGUUGUGUCAGAUGGGAUGAUAAAAUUAUUCUAAGUGUCAAUUGUCUCGUUGAAUGUUGACCGUUGUGGAUCUGACUAUGUAAGACCAACAGACAGAAAAAAAACUGCUGCCUUGACCUCAAAAGUCAAGGUAAAGAGCUGAUAGCUGAUUAAUCCUCUCAUGAGAUGUCUAGAUUCCACGCUGAUCGCUCCAGAAAAGUGUAGUUCAUUAACACAAACACAAACAGGGUGUGAAACAAGUGUGAGUGGGCGAGAAUUGAAUCACACCUUGUGGAGUAGCUUUUUUUUUUCUUUAUCUUUGAAACACAGCUAUGAAGUUGGCUUUGUUGCUACUGGAGUUAAAUUACAUUUCAAUCUAUGUGCUGUGUCUGAAAUAUAUUUACAAAGUGUAGUUGAACCAUGUAAACAAAUAUAUGGAAUGAUCUGAAUGUGUGAUUUCUGGUUUUAGACUAAACAUCCACACCAACAUUGGUAUAUUUAUGAGAUCCUGACUGGCUUGCUAAAUCCAACCAUCAACAUUUGUUUCCUAACCUCAACUUUGAACCUGUUCUUAACUUAAUCCUAAAUCCAAUUCUGACCCUGCACCAUAAUUGCCCCUUGAGGUCAUACCAACUGGUCAGGAUGAUCUCACUUUUCAACAAUGUCAUCACUCUGCAGAUUUUAAAACUGAAUUGUUGUUCUCACAUAUCUGAACAUGUUAGAACACACUCACACAGCAAGCUUAGUGAUGGAGUGUGUGUAGGAGUCUGUAUAAUUAGCUUAUCCCAAGCCAUUCAUCAGCUCCCUUAAAUCUAAAAACAGGGGCACAGGAGAUCCCAGGGGUCGCAUAAUGAGACUGGUGCCAUCAAAUUUGCUUCAAUUCAGUGAGCUGAGGAGAGAAUUCAAACUUGUUGGGCUGCAUUUUCAGUAGUUUGUUGGUCUUCCAGUGUUCCCCCACACUUCCUAACAAUCAACUGUGGAGGGGGAAACUAAAGUUAGACAGCCGAGUUACUCUUUAAAACUCUCAUCAGCAUUAAUGAUGGGCUACAAACUCAUUCAGACAAGAAAAGUCUGGAUUAAACUCAAGGUGGAAGUCAGUUUGAAACACUGUCAUAGGAUAUGUUAUCUCUGAUGUCAGCUCAGCCUUGAGUACAUUGUGAAAGUUUCAUAUGAUAUUUUGCUUCUGGUUAUUGACAGCAGUAGGUCAACACACAUUUUUUUUUUCCCCCUAACCAUGUCAUGAUGCUAUGAGGAAAAAUCUGGGCUUUUUAGGUAAUAACAUGUAGAAAAUUUGAAGUUACACCAUGUUUAUUUUAUCUAUUUUGUAUGAAAUUUUUUUUUUUUUUCAAAUUCAUAAAUGUGUAUAUAAAUAGUAGUGGAUUAGUGUGUUAGCUUUUUGAGAAAUGCACUACUUUCUCUAUAAAACUUACAAAUCGAAUUUGUUGGUGUCAGAAAGUCAGUAAACUGCUGCCCUCUAGUGGCAUGAUGGCUUCCCUA